AAUUUUAGUUACCAAUAAAAUUGAAAAUUUUAUCUCUCUUAAUUACAUCUCUCUCUCUCUCUGCAUCUGCGAUGUGCAACAAGCAAACUAAACCGGUAAACCCCUUCACCCUUUGAGGCUGAGGCUUAAAGGUUCACACCGAUUGUGAGUGAACCCGCCAAAUGGUCUCUGCUGCUACAAUUUCAUCUCAAAAUGGACGCCAAUGAAGCCAGAAUCUUGCUCGGUUUCCCACCUAAUACACGUCCCACUACCUCCCAGGUCAAAUCAGCUUAUAAGAAGAAGGUUUGGGAAUCUCACCCUGAUCUAUUCCCAACUCAUGAAAAGCCUCUUGCUGAAUCUAGGUUUAAACUGAUUUCGGAAGCAUACGCAUGCUUGCUAUCUGGUGGGAGAGGAGGAAUUUCAGACUCUGUUCAGUAUUCACGCGUUGUUAGAACUGGAGUCCCUAGGAGUCAAGGAGGAAGUAAAAACCAUGCUCUGAUUAAAGUUCCCUUCAUUUGUAUCAUUCUGGGAACUGUUGCACUUGGAGGUUUCAAUGCUUCAAGGGCUUACAAAAAACAAAAGGAAGAAUACCCAUCACACAAUCCAUUUCUACCUUGAUGGAGUCUUAAGUUGGAAUGCAAACCAUUUUCUUGAUGUUUGAUUCCUUCAAGUGAUAUAUUUUGCUGUAAUAAGGGGGCAAUGUUGUAGCAUAUAUGAUAUAUAAUACAUUCAAACCAUAGCUAUUCGUGAAUGUAAGUGAAAGUGAAUCAAAUAAAGUUAUGUAAUUAUAAUUGAUUGUAUUUCUAAUCCAUCUGGAUUCAAUUGAAGGCGAUUUUUUGAAAGUGAA